UACGCAGGAAACCCGUGUAGCUGCUCGUCAAUAGCCAAACCCACGUAAUGCACUCACAAUCAUAACAAUUGGAACCCGACACUCGUUACAUACCUCCGCAUUUGCUGCACGAGUGACCCGAGUAGAAGUGUUCCAAGGAUAAACCGAAUAUGUAAUGAACAACGUAUACCCAACUGGAAGAAUCCUAGUGCUUUUUUGUUACUGACUACGCGGAUCGUCCUUACCAUCAUAGCGCAAGAUGCAGCUCUCAUCCACAUUUGCCUCUCUGCUGGCUCUUGUCUCUAUUUCUUGGGCAUCAUCCACGCCUCAUGGCCAUGGUGAACGUGUUGUUCGGUUCCCUCUUACCCGCAAGAGCGCUGACGUUGCUGGGCAUGUUGAUCUGAGUACUCUUGAGGCACAGUUCAUUCGUUUUUCAAACAAGUAUCGUCAGACGUUUUCUGCAUUCGAAGCUAAUACUGGUUCUGCCCAUCCUUUGAGCGGGAAGAUGAUGUCUUCUAUAAGCAAGCGUGGCGACGGUGUUGUUCCGCUCAUCAAUGAGGGAUCCGACCUGUGGUAUGGCGAAAUUGAGGUGGGCACACCGAAACAGAAAUUUAACGUAUCCAUCGACACUGGAAGCACGGACCUUUUCCUUCCGUCCGUUUCCUGCAUUGAUUGCGGAGGGCACGUGAUGUAUAAUGCUGCCCAGUCUUCUACGGCCAAGGACAAAGGGCAGUUCACUGUGCUCUCGUAUGGUCAAGGUGAUGUGAUGGGAGAAGAAUACAGCGACGACGUAUUUCUUGGCGGCUACGAGGCCUCCAACCAAACAUUCCUUGCUGCCACCGUUUACUCUCCCGAUUUCUCAUACCCGAACUUCUUGCCUGACGGUCUUGCCGGUUUUGCUUUCGAGAACAUAUCUGCUCUUGGGGCAAAGUCGAUUUUUGAGACAACAAGUGACAGUGGCGUGCUCCCAUCAAGCGUGUUCGGUGUCAAACUUUCCUCUACAUCUGGGGAGAGCGAGCUCUGUAUUGGAGCGGCAGAUACCAAUCUCUAUAUCAAAGACACUUUGACCUAUACGGACGUCACCGUGAAAGGGUACUGGCAAGUGAAUCUAGAGGCAGUUUCGCGAGAUGGCACUACGGUUGCCAGUAACAACGCAUCUAUUAUCGACACCGGGACCACGUUUAUCGUCACCAAUGACAAUUCAGCAGAGGCAUACUAUAAAGAUAUUCCAGGCUCAAGCAACAGCACACAGGGGGACAUAACAUAUUAUACCAUUCCGUGUGACACGAUCGGGUCAUACACUCCCACAUUCACAUUUGGUGGGCGCAGCUUCAGUGUUUCGGAGGAAACAUUCAAUGCUGGCCCGGCGAGCGAAGGUUCAAGCGACUGCUUGGGAGGUAUUGCUGGGACGUCUAUUGUUGGUGAGUACUUCAUAUCAUGCUCAAUGUGUGUAAGUCAAGUCCCUUUUUUUAAUAUCUCCGUUUUAGACUUUUGGGUUGUCGGAGACGUUUUCCUGCAGAAUGUUUACACAGUAUUUGAUAAGGAAAAUCUUCAGGUGGGCUUUGCUGAACUGGCAUAAUCUUCAGUGUCUUCUUCGUCCUCUUGGUUUAGUUGUGGAUUUACCACAAGGACUCUCCAUGAACAUCAUCUUUGUGCGGUAUAAUCGUACCAAUAUUGAAUGUAUACCACAACUUGGAUUUGCUCUGGAAUGACUGUCGAAC